UAUAUGGCUAAAAGGAAGUAUUCUUAAAACGAUCUUCUAACGGUUUUUUAUCAACCUUUGUAUAUUUUUUAUUUGUGAAUUUCUUUAUAUUAAGGAACAGCGAAAGAAAUAUUGUAGCACACUGAGACAGCAAAAAUACACGUGAGAAAUCAUGGAAAGGAGAAUUCCAGCGAAAUCGAUUGGACAAAAACGAAAGGGAUCUAGUAUAGAGACUGAGAUAAUGCCAAGAAAAAACGCCAGAAUUCCAGCCCAGAUUAAUCAAAGGGAAAGAUAUAAAACCCUCAAAGAUACAUCUGAGAAAGGUAGGAAACGCAAUAUUGGUUCUAGUAAUCCUGGAAUGUCAACGUCUCUACCUAGGGGACAUGCAACAGUAAAUGUAGACGAACAGGAAUCAGACGAAACAUUUUCUGAUGAAUCCGAUAGUUCAGUAUAUACUGGCAGGAAUUUAGAAAACGAUUCUGAUGAUCAAAGCAGUGAACAUUCAGACGAUUCUGACAAUGAAAGCAGCGAACAAAGUAAUGAACUUUCCGAUUCUUCAAUACAGUUUGUGGAGGAAGCAGACGAAACUGAUUCUGAUGAUGAAAAUAGCAAUGAAAAUUCCGAUUCUUCAGUACAGUCUUCCGAUUAUGAAAGAGACGUAGAACGGAAGUCAGAUGAAUAUGUUUACCGACUUCUCCGAAUUGGCGAAAUCUAUCAAGAUGGACUGUUUCCGAAAAAUAACCUCUCCAGAAUAACUAUUCAACAACAUGUAGAACAUGGAAGCAAAGGACAAGAAUCAAAGUUUGUAUCUUGCUGUAAAUCACUUUCUGGUAUAGAAAGGCUGGGAAAAUAUACCAAUAUGCCGAAUUAUGUAAAAGACGUGGUAAGGAUCAAUAUCAGCAAAUUGAACAAAACAGCCAAAGUCAUUGAUCUGACAAAGGGGGAAAUACGAACACAGUACAUUGAUCCGUGGUCAACCGCCUGGGGAUAUGCGGAGAGAUUUCAAGAAGUCAUUAUAGAACCAACGUCCCAUGUUAAGCCAGAAUUUGUAGAGAAAAUUGGUGAAAUUCAUCACGGAUAUUUUCAUCCAAUAUAGGCUGUUUGGGAAAAACAUUAUCAGCUUCAGUUAUUUCUUGCAGUUUAUUAGUUUAAGUUUUUUUAUUAUUCGAUCAUAACAGUAGCUCAAAAAUGAAGAAGAGGAAGAGAAUUAUUUAGAUGCAAGGGGGUAUAUGCCCUAUAAAAUAUAGCAUAUACCUAACAUUUACAUGUACAUGACAUUGUACAGA